CAGCCUUCAAGAUUCUAUGAGACAGCAGAGUCUGAAUUACUUCAAGAAUUACCACAGGGCAAGACUUGAGGAACUAAAGAUAUUCCUUGAGACUGAAGCAUGGGAAGUUUGUCCUGUCCGAUCUACUUUCUCAGUUCAUCAGCUGAGGGAGUUUCGCUUCAUUAAUUCUGCAAUGUCAGCAAAAACUAUUUCACAAGAAGGAAAUCGUAGCUGCUUUACACAGUUCUCCGUAGAUGGCAACCCUUUUACUCCCUCUGACGAAAUUGAAGAAGAAGUUGAAGAAAUUAUUGACCAUGGAGGGAUUGAGGACACUGUUAGUGACGAUGAACAUGAGGAAGACAAUGUGAAGGAUGACUUAAAGCAUGCCUUUGUUGACGAAGAUGAAGGAAAGAGACCACCAUUAAUGCAAGCAAGAGUUUUCAGGCAGCGUAUGAGAUCAUCAAGUUCAACAAGAGGCCCACUGCUUGCCAAUACUACUCUCACUGUUCUGAGAUUCUUUGGUCACUACAUGCGCAUGAUGAAUGUUUUGAAGCCUAUUGCCUUCGAUGUUCUGGAAUGUCUGUCGCAGCUGUUUGAUUAUUACCUCUUUGGCGUUUACGACUUCUUUGUCAAGGAUCUUGAAUAUCUUCCAGACAACACACAACUGAGUUCUAAACUACUGACGUCCCUGAAAAGAAUAUCUGAAAGCUUUAUAAUUGCAUCCGAGGAAAUGACACCCAUGGCAUCUCACUCUACUACAGAUGACCAGUUUAAGGUUACCAAACCAUGGGUUAAUUCAGCUGUGUCUCUAACAGACGGGAACACUCUCUUUGGUCUCUCUUGCCGGAUGGUUGCUGUAGAAUCACUUGUACAUCUAGCACAGCAAUUUGAGAACCUUCUCCCUUACAUGGAGUGUAUGAUACCGGAAUCGAAGAUGAGCUUUUUGAGGCAGUUUGUGUCACAGACUGUACAAACUGCCCCAGAGCUGCGAAAACCUGCCUAUCAUGGUAUUGCAAUAAAAGCACUUCCCUGUGACCAGAUAUUGCAAAGGAUGGUAACUGUUAAGUGGGAUAUACGAGAUAUAAAGUCACAGCACAGCAGUUAUGUCGACAGCUUAGUGCAGGAAUUUGUCAGAUAUCAAGGACGGCUAGUUGCUGUUGAGAAGUAAGUGUAAGCACAUUUAAAUAUUGUCCGAAGGCAUGUUUCAAAUUAUCACCAGCAUGAUAAUUUUAUCCGAAUAGGAGUAUCAAGGCACCAGCUGAGGUUCCCCAUAUGUUGUGGGAAGGAGCUGUAAUUGCAGCUAACCGAGUUUUUGUUGAGGGGUAAAACUAAUCAUAAUCUUGAAUGUACAGUAAAUAGAAUGUGUUCCGUAGAGCAAUCGAAAAACAUUUUUAGAUAAACGCGUGCAAAUUGUUCGAUAACGCAUAGCACAACGCUUUGUGUGUGUGCAAAAUUGCAGAGAACGAAUGCUUGGCUAACAAAAGGUAACAUUGCCAACAUGACAGAAUAUCCCCAUAUUGAGUAUAGUAUGGUUCUUGCCUCUUGGGCUUGUUAAAGGGUGGUGUUCUGGGACUUGCAAAAGCUUUAUGGCGAUAACCACCCUAGUGUUAACUGUUCCCAUCUCAGGAGAACUGCAAAGGGUUGCUACAGGGCUGGUGUUUGUGUUCGCAAGGCAGCCACCUCCAUUAACUCUCCUUUAUCUAUGUUCUAGCUCUCUGAGUUAUCAAUGGCCCUUGUGCAAUGUCUGCUAUAUUAUAAUUAGCAUGUUUGUUUGCAGAUUCUCACUUGCCAAGAAGUGCACCAAUGAAGGAAGGGCCCUCAUGCAGCUUGAUUUUCAACAAUAUCGGACCAAAGUUGAAAAAAUAUCUGGUAUCAGGUACGUCUGUAUGUUGCAGUUAAUUCCCUAUUUUCCCACAAACACCAUUAAAAGAAAAACGAUAUUCUGAAGAACGUUAAAAAUCAGUGGUUUUCACGCUGCAUAAACGAAGUAAAUGCAAAAUGUCACACAUGGCCCUGCAAUCACGUGGUGCACAGAAGUCUACACAGUAUAGAAAGUAAUGUUUUUCGUGCUAGUGGCUGGCUCUCUUGCACUCAUAUUGGAGUGUAACUGUAAGCAGUUUUCUAAUACGUAGUUCCACUGUAACUCACCAUUGAAUAUCUUUUGCAGCCACUUUACACACUCCAUCCCAUAAUUUUCUGAUGUGCACACACAAGUAAAACUUGUGUCAACUGAAGUGUGUGGAAGGUGUAUCCUCCGUUUUAGGGAAAUUUUCAAGGUCUUGGCAGUAGCAAAGAGAUCACAGUUUGAAACCUUCUACAGCACGGUAUUAUCUCCUAUGACCUUGGUAAUUCCAGCCUUCAUUACACACUUCCUAGCACAUACCUAGCUUUAUCUCUAUCAUCUGUGGCAUGGAGAAGCUACACACUCUUGGGGCAAUUAUUGGUCAGGCACCCUUGAUGGAUUUCACUAAAUCUGGUUGGUACUGGUGAAAGGUUGGAUCAGAGACACCAUACCCUGAAGCGCCCCUUCCUCCCAAAGAACCAGUGAACAAGAAUAUAGCCUAACUGUAGAAGCUACGUACCUGCAAGUGUCCAUGAUAGUUUAAUGCUUUUAUGAAACCUCCUGUGAUACCGUGAUGUUAAUGGUACCAGCUCCUUCUACUUGGCACUUCUCAAAGAAAAAGAAAUCUAUAGUCCGGUCUAU